AUGAGCUACUUCAGCGUAUCGCCCACGGGCAGAAGAACGAUGAUUUCCUUCGGGACGUACUCCUCUAUCUGCAUGAUGAAACCCUCCCCGACAAUGCUGCACGCGCGCGGCGCAUUGCAACAGAGGUGGCGCAGUGCUUUGUUCGUGAUGGCGUGUUGUAUCGGUCUUGGUGGCCACAACGUGCAGAGGUCGCCUCCCGCACCCGUGUACAACUGGCGGUCCCUGCAGAAAUGCGGGAGGCCGUCAUGUUCGCACACCACGAUGACAUCCUGGCAUCUGGGGGUCAACCGAACCAUUGACGCUCUGCGGCGUCUCUACUGGUGGCCCGGUAUGUACCCUGACAUCGAGAAAUGGGUGUUGGAGUGCGUGACAUGUCAGGCGCGCAAGAAUCCCGCAGAGCGGAAGAAAGGGCUGAUGAUGCCAAUGCCGACAGUGAGCCGGCCAUUCCAGCGAGUGGGUAUGGACCUCAUCACAUCGUUUCCCCUCUCUGCACGUGGCAACAAAUACCUCCUCAUCUUCAUGGACUAUCUGACAAAAUGGCCUGAAGCGGUCGCUUUGCCCAAUAAGAAAGCCGACACUGUGGCCCGCGCGUUUGUCGAACAUGUUGUGUGUCGGCAUGGCGCGCCAGAGUCGCUGCUGUCUGACCGGGGGAAAGAAUUCAUGAAUCGCGUACUCAAAGAAGUGAACGCUCUGCUCAAAAUUUCGAAGUUGAACACGUCGCCAUACCACCCCCAAACGGAUGGCAUGGUGGAACGCUUCAACUCCACAAUCGAGAACAUGCUCUCAAAGUUUGUCUCUGACGACCAGAAAGAUUGGGACGUCCUGGUACCUUAUGUGUUGUUUGCUUAUCGCAGUACAACUCAUGAGGUGACUGGAGAGUCGCCUUUCUUCCUCAUGUACGGGCGCGAGCCGUACUUUCCCUUGGACAUCACUCUUAGCCUACAGGUCAACGAUGAUAUGCGCUCCGUUCGCGUAUACCGACAUGAGUUGGUGACACGGCUGAUUCAAGCACACCGAGUGGCUUCAGAACGAAUGAAGGAGGCCGGCGAACGCAGCAAGAAACGGUAUGAUACCACGCGAAUGGAUCACACUUACCUUGUGGCGGAUUUGGUGUGGAUGUUUAUGUUCGGACUCGAACCGGCGACGUCCUGUCAGACCUGUCCAGUUGGUCAAGUCGCUCACGUUGAACAACGGUCAACUCCGAACUCCCUCCUGUUGCUCAAAGACCUGAGCUGA